AUGGGUUCUACUGAGCAGAAAGACCGCGGUGUCCGUAUCGCCAUCGACCGUGGUGACCCGGCCAACUAUGAAGAUGCACCGCUGGAAGGUAUCCGGCGUAUCUUGAGCCACUUCGAGGGACGGGAGAUUCCUCGGGGUGAGGCCCUAGAUACCUCUAAGAUCGAUAGUAUACGCAUGGGGACCACGGUGGCGACAAACGCCCUACUGGAGCGCAAGGGUGAGAAGAUAGCCCUUGUCGUGACCAAGGGCUUUCGGGACUGUCUUGUCAUCGGCAAUCAGAGUCGCCCUAAGAUUUUUGACCUUGCUAUCAAGAAGCCUGACGUCCUAUACGAGGAUGUUGUUGAGAUAGACGAGAGAGUUACACUUGAAGACUAUGCUGAGGACCCUGAGCGGACCAUCACUAAAGCUCAUGCCAAGGCCGGGACGGCGGAAGCGUCGAAAGCAGACUUGGUGUUAGGACUAUCGGGGGAGACAGUGCGUAUUUUGGAACGGCCAGCGGAGAGCAAGAUCAAGGAUCAAUUAAAGAGCAUAUUCGACAAGGGCAUCAAGAGUAUAGCUGUAUGUCUAAUGCACGGCUACACAUAUCCGGACCAUGAAGCCUUAGUAGGCAAAAUUGCUAGGGAAAUUGGCUUUAACCAUAUCUCGCUAAGCCAUGAACUCAUGCCCAUGAUCAAGUUGGUCCCACGAGCGACAAGUGUUUGUGCUGAUGCGUACUUGACGCCGGCAAUUAAAAAGUACAUCGCCGGGUUUCAGAAGGGAUUCGCUGGUGGCUUAGGAACAAGAAGUGUCCUUCAGGAGAACGGCAGCAAAGGUGCAAGAUGCGAGUUCAUGCAGAGCGACGGUGGUCUGGUUGACGUGGAGAAGUUUACCGGGUUGAAGGCCAUCCUGUCUGGUCCUGCAGGAGGUGUAGUCGGUUACGCUAUCACAAGUUAUGAUGAGGAGACUAAGAUUCCGGUAAUCGGAUUUGACAUGGGCGGUACCAGUACCGAUGUCUCACGUUAUGGAGAAGGUAGAUACGAGCACGUCUUUGAGACGACAACAGCAGGCGUUACGAUUCAGUCACCUCAACUCGACAUCAACACCGUCGCAGCCGGAGGUGGAAGCAGACUCUUUUUCAAGAACGGUCUCUUUGUUGUUGGACCCGAGUCAGUAGGAGCCCAUCCUGGCCCUGCUUGUUACCGAAAAGGUGGCCCCGCUGCAGUAACAGACGCAAAUUUGUUCCUAGGCCGUCUACUACCUGAGUUCUUCCCUAAGAUCUUCGGCAAAAACGAAGACGAGGGCUUAGACUUUGAGGCAAGCAAGAAAGUUAUCCAAGAGCUCACUGAUCAGAUCAAUAAGGAAACUGGCAAGAAUAUGAGCUUAGAUGAAGUAGCCUAUGGUUUCUUAACGAUAGCAAAUGAAGCUAUGACAAGACCGAUCAGGUCUAUUACUGAGGCGAAGGGCCAUGACUCUUCGAAGCACCGAUUGGCGACUUUUGGUGGUGCCGGCGGUCAGCACGCUGUUGCUAUCGCAGAGGCCUUAGGUAUUAAACAGAUAUUAGUCCACAGGUACUCGUCGGUUUUAUCGGCAUACGGAAUGGCCCUGGCGGAUGUCGUCGAUGAGAGGCAGGAACCAGAUUCUACAGUAUGGCAAGAUCAGGGGGAUGUGGUUAAUGAGCUAAAAGCUAAGAUGGAAAAAUUAAAAGAGAAAUCACGCAAGGCCCUUCAGGACCAAGGUUUUGAGGACAGCGAUAUUGUCUUUGAAGAAUAUCUCAAUAUGAAAUAUCGUGGAACCGAGUCAGCUCUCAUGAUUAUCAAGCCUGAUGAGGAGAAGGCAAAGGCGUCUUACGACGGCGAGGACUGGGCGUUUGGUAAGGCCUUUGUAGACCAUCAUCGUUACGAAUUUGGAUUUACUCUGGAUGAUAGAGAUAUCAUCGUAGAUGACGUACGAGUUCGCGGUAUUGGAAAGAGCUUCACAUAUCGGGAUAAGACUGUAGAUCAACAGUUAAGGGAAGUCAAGCGACAGUCAAUUGGUGACCAGAAAGCACAUGGCAAGUCUCAAGUUUACUUUGAAGGUGGUCGUUUAGAGACGCCAAUCUACAAACUCGAAGACCUAUCGGUUGGUGACGAAAUCAACGGACCGGCUGUUCUCGCGGAUGGUACACAAACUAUCGUGAUCACUCCAAAGGCGAAGGCAUUAAUUCUCGAAACGCACGUCAUCAUCGACUUGGAGAAAAAAUAA